AUGUUCAGUCGAUUUGUCCGGCCGCAGAGCGCCUUGCGCGCAGCGUCCGCUUUCUCCCCUAAACCUACAUCCGCCUUCUCACGCUUCCAGACCCGUGCUAUUCAUCGCAUUCCCCAAUUGCAGCAUGACGCCUAUUACAAGGAAAAUGGUGUCCCAGAACUCAUGUCCCCGGAGGCAUUCGACUUUGCCUGGACCCAAUACCAGGCUCUGCUCGUUGACAAACUCAAUUUGUUGACACAAGACACCGUCGACGCGGAUGCCAAACCCGGAGAAUUGCUGGUCAAGUACUCUAAGCGUCCGGAGAUGGCCUCGGUGUUCAAUUACGCCUCAAUGGCUCACAACAACCACUUCUUCUUCAACUGCUUGUCUCCCACAGCCACCGCUAUCCCCGAUAAGUUCGCCAGCGACAUCAUCGACACCUGCUCUUCCGUCGAAUCCUUGAAGUUGGACUUCCUGGCCACCGCAAGCUCAAUGUUCGGUCCGGGCUUCGUGUGGCUCGCCAAGAACCUCGAGCGCGAAGGCUUGAUGCACAUCUUCUGCACCUACAGCGCCGGCUCACCCUACCCAGCCGCCCACUCCCGGCGGCAACCCGUCGACCUGGCCACCCACACCCCGGAGACCCCGCUCGGUAACCAGUUCGCCGGUGCGAUGGGCGCCCACGCUCAGAACCAGAAGAGCCUGGCACCCGGUGCCGUCGAUGUGCAGCCCAUUCUCUGUGUGAACACCUGGGAGCACGCGUGGAUGAUGGAUUACGGUAUUGCUGGCAAGGACGAGUACUUGGAGCGCUGGUGGGAUCGCAUUAACUGGGAUGUUGUUUUCGAUAACUACAAUGCGGUUGGUUCGAUGAAGCAUUCGCGAAGCUCCAUUAACCGCCAACGGAGCAUGAGCAUGCUUUAA